AUGUGGGGCUCUUCAGGCUGGCAUGGGGAGCACGAAAGCCUGCAGCAGGUCCGAAAAUUGGAGGUGUUUCCACAUGGUCUUGCUGCAAUCAAGUUUGACUCCAGCGUGAUCUUAUUGGGUCGCACACGCAGUAUGGCAGCCCCACCACCGCUCGGCAACGUUCGACAGAUUGCUGCUUGCCAGGGUUCCAUGUCCGGUGCAUAUGCUGCUGUUCUCCACGAUGGACGCGUCAGAACUUGGGGGUGCCCUAAGCUGGGUGGCAGCAGCUCUGAAGUUGAAUCUGAGCUCUAUUGUGUUCGAGAGAUCAAAGCUUGCAGCAGCACAUUUGCAGGUGCUUUCGCGGCUAUCCGCGAGGAUGGUAGGGUGAUCACCUGGGGCUCGAGAACCUAUGGAGGCGACAGCACUGCCGUGCGGGAGCAACUUCACGACGUGACAGAUGUUGUUUCAACAUGCUUCGCUUUCGCGGCUGUCAAAAAAGACGGAAACGUCGUUUGCUGGGGUGCCCCGGAAUUUGGAGGAGAUUGUGUGAGCGUACAGGAGGAGCUGCAUGGCGUGAAGUAUGUGUGCGCAACUUCCGGAGCUUUUGCUGCACUCUGCAGAGACGGAAGUGUAUCAACGUGGGGGUGCCAGCAGUUUGGGGGAGACUGCUCUGGUGUCAAAGCAAAGCUUUCUGCAGUGAGGGACGUUGUUGCUUCAGGGGCCGCCUUUGCUGCCCUUCGGUCUGACGGAACUGUGGUGACCUGGGGCCAUGUUCCCGCUGGUGGCGACAGCAGUUCAGCUCAAGCACGCUUGACCAACGUCCGGCAGAUCGUCGCCUCGGCUUACGCUUUUGCUGCUUUGCGAAGCGAUGGCGAGGUCGUGACUUGGGGCCAAAAGGACUGGGGAGGCGCGCUGGCCUGCAACUGGGAAGAGUGGACUGCUGAUCCGCGUCUGGUUACAUGGACCUUGACAGGCUUAGCCAAGAAGCGGCGCCUGGCGACGGCUUUGCUCGUCCUGCAGUCUAUGCGACACGGACUGCUGGAAGUCAACAUUUUUCAUGUUACAGCCGUGAUGAGUGCUGGAAGGGCUACCCAUCGCUGGGCCACCUCGUUGGUUUCCCUCCGGCACUGGUGCGACAGAGGUCUCGCUGCCAACACAGUUGCUCGAAAUGCUGCUGUUGCAGCAGCUGCCCUGGGCGACUGGCGGUUUGCCCAGGCUUUGGCCUCGGAAGCAUGCAAGCAAGGUUCGGUGGACCAUGUCACCCUGGGUUCUGCCAUGGCUGCUUUGAGCUGGACCAAGGCCCUGUCGCUGUUGGCGCAGAGCCCGGUUCUCUUGCGAAAGCCGCUGGAUCCGAUCUGUCUCCGAACAGCCAUGACCUCUUGCGAGAAAUCGAGCGGCUGGGAACAGACUCUCCGCAUUUUUAGACACUUUCAUGGAAGGCCUGGUGACAUCGGUGCCGCGAGCUUCAACCCGGCCAUCUCAGCAUGCGAGAAGGGUCUGCAGUGGCAGCUCUCUUUUCGCAUCUUGGGAAUGGCGGGGGAAUGUCGGUGGAAACCGAGCGAUGUGAGCUGGGCAGCCGUCGCCAGCGCCUGUGAGAAGGCCGGUCCCUGGCAGCGAGCGCUCCACAUCCUUGGCGGCUCGCAGCGAAGCGGCCUAUGGCUGUUCAGCUCAGCGAUGAGUGCAUGCAUGCACGCAGGAGUCGAGUCGUGGUGCCGGGCCCUGCAGCUUCUGCGCUGUUGUAUAGAUGCGGGGAUGCAGCCUUCAACAGUCUCGUACUCCGCGGUUUUAGAAGUUUGCCGGCGGACAGGCUCCUGGCGGAGGGUGUCGCAGCUAUUGCGAACCAUGGGUACGCAGCGACUGCCGAGUUCCGUCAUUGCUUUGAACACCGCUAUGCUGGCAUGCCUUCGCUCGGGGCUCUCUGAACAAGUCCUGCGCCUUUUUGGUGAUGUGAAGCGGCAGAGUCUGCAGCCAACAUCCCUCACUUUGAGUCACGUGGCAGAUGCCCUGUCACAUUCUCCGACCGAAACAGUGCCACUGCUGGUUCGCUUGCGCGACGAUUUCAUGUCCGAUGCCAGAGCUCGGCUCCGCGAGUGGCGAAAAGUCGAAUCAUUUCGCGGCUACGGCUCUCGCCACCUGCACUUUUUGCAACAGCGAGCGGGCAGUGGCAGGUGUCCAGCCAUGGCGGUGCGAGCGCUGGUGGGUGUGCUUCUGCUGCAGCAAAGCAUCGCCAUCCAGAUGCACGAGCAUGAAGAUCACCACAAGUCUGGAGCGCAUCGUCCGACCUGCAAGCAAGCAUGCCUUCCGAAUUGUCCGGCAUCUUCCCGAACCGGCGUGCCUUGCAUGCCUGUGGCCGACACGUGGCCGUACAAGAGCAACGAGUCCUGGCGUGUCGAACUGGGAGAGAGGAUCUUGAUGGCAGCCCAUCCAAACCAGGAAGCCACCGAAAGUGCAUGCGGCGGCUUCAAGCUGUUCGGUGACUCGGCUUGGUGCCUGGCUGCCUUCAAGGGUGAUUACGGCAAGCUGGGUCUUUCCUUUGGGAUUGAGGAGCGGGACCUCUGGAGCGAGACCAUGAGCAAUGACUUUCACAUGCCGACGAAACUCUACGACUGCUUCCAGAAUCCCAAGUCUUCGCCCGCUUUGGCGAUGAUCGCUCCGAAUGCAAAGGGCUCAUGUGCGGGAAAUCCGCACCACUGCUAUGAGACCCACUACGAUGCUUUCCGGGUCUGCCUUGGCCCCAAGCACGAAACAGUCAACCAGCGGCAGUACACAUCGCUGGCCGAGUUGCUCGCCGGGCGUGGUGAGAUGUCGACGCAUCUCAAGAUUGAUGUCGAGGGUUCUGAGUGGUCCGUCCUGGAAGAUCUCCUCAAGAACGAAGAAGAUAUGAAGAAGAUCCGCACGCUGGACAUGGAAGUUCACUUCGGCUUCGGUGCAGCAUCUGAAGCUGCACACAACAAAGGAAGCAAGAAGGACCAGCUUCAGCGCGAAGUGGGCAUCUUUGAGCAGCUGGCAUCCCACUUCGCAGUGACUGGAACCAACAUCGAGACCAACGCUGAUGGUUGGCAGCCUGCGCAGAGCUGCCCGAAGCAGCAGUGUGAAGAACCCUUUGUGCACACUGCCGGCGGUGUUCCUGUGAACCAGUUUGCGAUCAGCUUCGUGAACCAUGCGCACCUCAGGCGGGGAAUCCCCAGCCCUGAUGCAAUCGCUGCUGCACACCACAGCCUUGCAGCGGACCAUGCGGAGGACCAGAUGGAGGACCACGCGGAGGCAGAUGCCGAGGACCACAUGGAGGACCACGCGGAGGCAGAUGCCGUGGCCGAGGACCACAUGCAGGACCACGCGGAGGUGGAUGCCGAGGACCACGCGGAGGCAGAUGUGGAGGAUCACGCCCAAGUAGAUGCC